AGUGACGGCCCUCCCGGCGGUCCUUCUGGAGUCGGUGAAGUCCUCGGCGUCAGCUCUGCGGCCACCGCGUUCCGGGCCAUGGAGAAUGGAGCGGUGUACGGCCCCACCACGGAGGAGGACCCGGGCCCCGCCAGGGGCGCCCGGAGCGGCCUCGCCGCCUACUUCUCCGUGGGCCGGCUUCGGUUGCCUCGGCUCGCGUUCAAAGUCCUGCAGUUGCUGUUUUCGCUGCUGGCCUUUAUCUGCGAGGAAGUCGUGUCACAGUGUACUUUGUGUGGAGGACUUUACUUUUUUGAAUUUGUAAGCUGCAGUGCCUUUCUUCUGAGUCUCCUCAUCCUGAUUGUGUACCUCACUCCAGUUUACAACCAAGUCGAUCCUGACAAAGUCAAGCAGUCGGACUUUUAUAUUACUUUGGGAACAGGAUGUGUGUUUUUGUUGGCAUCCAUCAUUUUCGUUUCCACACAUGACAGAACAGAAGCUGAGAUGGCUGCAUCCGUCUUUGGAUUUCUGGCAAGUAUUAUGUUCCUGUGUGACGUUGUCGUUGUGUUCAUUUGGAAACGACGGGAGUCCCAGGCUAGGAAACCAGAGGCUACGAGGCCAGGGGGCCUCACAGAACCCCUUAAUGGUUAAGGACUCAAGAGACCGGGUGUUACAUAAGGUAUUGACUGCAUGGCACCUGAGCCCUGGCCGAAGCUCAUGGAGAAUUUGUCUAAUUGUUAAACCACUUCUUUUGGAGAGCGAGGGGAAGGGCAAAAAGGCAGUGUGUCAGUUACCACAAAUUAAGCCAGAGAGUUUUGGGGUUUAAAAAAUUUUUUUUAAAAAUAAUGUUAAAACUUCUGUCACUUAAAAUGGUUCUGUUUUUGUUUUUGGAAUUGAGGACAGUUGUUUCUUUAAAUCACAUAGCUCAACUGAUGAGAAUUUAUUCUGUCAUCAUUGUUGGCCUAGCUAUCAAAUUAUGCUAUACAGCCAGCAUGAUUAAUUCAUUGAUUUAGACAUUGUUUUAUUCUUAAAUUAAUUUGCUUAGGUAGGUUUUUUUGAUAUCUGAUAAAAUUCAAUGUAUACUGAAGAGAUCACUAUUUAAAAUGUUGGUCUAGGUUUUUUUUUUUUUUUUCCUUAAAAAUAUAAUACCCAGGUUUUACUGUAUCUCACUCGGCCUUAAAAUUACAUUGUAACAUUUUAGGAUAAUUAUUAAUUCUUUCUGAGACCCUUUAUAGCCUAAUAGAAACUGUAUGAAAGGUGUUGGUAUUUUAUAUGUAUAAGAGCAACAACAUCAUAAACCCCAUGUUUAUACUGCACUUUGGUUGUUGUUAAUAAGCAAAAAAAAAAAAAAAAAAGAACAAUUGUAUAUAACACAGAAAAAUGGAAGAAACUCUCAUUGCUAGAGACCAAAGAUAAAAAAGAUACACUUUUUUGCGCAAUACAUGGAAAGUAAUUAUAAAAACAGGUUUCAACCACUUACCACUGUCUGAAGAGAGAAGUUCAUACUAUGAGUUAGAAAUUGAUCCAUUUCCCUACUGGCAUGUGGUUAUUUCUACUGAAGUUAAUACAGCUCUGCGGGUCCUGUGCAGUGUCUUCUCUGAAGCCUUCCCUCUUUUUAAAACCCCAGCCUUUGAUUUUUACAUCUAUUUGAGAUUCUCCCUUCUACUCUCUUUACCCCACAUGGUCUGUACACUUCAUCAUCCGACAGCAGUGGAGCCUCUAGCUCUGACUCUUGCUUGAUGGCAGGGGUCUCUAUGUGGUCCAAAAUUUGGGGCCCUUUUAAUCACAUAGAAUAUGUAGCAGGAUCUUUAGGGUUCUUGUUCCCACCUUGGGCACUACUAUAACUUCUCUUUGAAGAAGACUUUCUUAAGAAAGUAAGCAUCUAGCAGAUCCUGCCCAGGUUAAUACUGAUGAUGGUAUAAGGAAGCAGUCUAACCAUUCUCAAGAGACACUUCAUACCUAGUUCUGAUGGUUUGGAAGAGUUGUCUCUUUGCUGGCAGGCUGUCUUAGGGCCAGCCAGACAAGGCACUUGAGAUAGGACCUUUCUGACCAACUGCUUCUCAGAGUAGACCUUUCUUGUACUCCUCUUCCAUUUUCGACUCAGGACUGUAGUAUUAAGACAGUCCUGAGCCCAUGCGUCAGUACUUCAGGACUUUGGUGGAGGUCUCCCAGGGUUUUCUAUCUGAAGGAGUAGAAUCAUGUUUCCAGUGAGAAAAGUUAAUGACCUUAUCCUUUUUAAAAUUCUCAUUUGUGCGUUGUAGAUGUGGCAAAUGUGGUUGUCAGAAUUCAUCAUUAUGGCCAGACACAGCUUCUGCUCUGUCUUGCUCAGAACCUUACUCAUUUGUAGCAGAGCAUGGAUGCUAGCUAGUGCUAGUGAUGCUGUCACCACUACCUCCUUGGGAGAUAAUGAAACCAAUCACUGAUGCUGUUUUUACUGGGCACACCAUUGAAGUGAGGAGAAGUAGCCUGGUUCUGGGGUUCAAGAAUAAAGAGUAGCACAAGAUAACUAGCUUCGGUUGGCAGGUUCUGGAAUUUCACAUCUAACUAUACACCACUGUCAUUUUAAAUAUCAUGUAGACCCGGCUGGGUGUCACAAAAAAGCAUCUGGGCUACCUCAGGGAACCCCCCAUAUAUGUGCAUGGGCAUAGUUGAGUUUGAUGGAUAUAUCCGAGCCGGCCUCACACGUACAGCACGUUGGCAUUGAGCUUCACCUCUGCUUGCUCAGAGGCUUUGCUUCCUUUUGUUUCACUGAGGCAGAAGUGGACCUCUUCACUGCCACUUAACUCUUCCCUUUUCAGAAAGAUAAUAUAUUCACUAGUAUUUUUGGUCACUCUAGAACUUUUCUUCAUUCUAUUUUUUAGGGGACCCAUGACUGAUUAGCCUUGCUCUUCUGUUGUAGAAGGAACGAGAGUAAAAAGACCAUGUAGAAAAUAAAAAGUUUAAGGAGAUCUUGGGACCAAAACCCCUUCUAUGUCCAAAAAAGGACACACUCAGUAAACUGAAAUUUAACAUAAUUUUUUAUUAACAGCCAUGUUACAUUUGUUAUAUUUUAUACAAAUAAACUGUUUAGAAUGGUUCUUAAAAAUUAUAAGGGAAAUGCACAUACAGUAUAAAAAUUUUUAUAAUUGUACUUAAAUUAUGUUCUAUUUGGGGACUGGGAAAAGUAUUUUUACAUUGUUUAUAGCCAAUUGCUUUUGUAUUUAUCAGUUUAAAUCCUUGGGUCUUUUUUUUUUUUUUUUAAUCUCUCUCAUUGGCAAAUUUUGUAGUCUUCUUUUUAAAUAAAUCCAUUUAAUCGCC